AUGGAUAAGAUCAAGAUUUCGAAGGUCGAGAAUGUGACGCUUCACAAGAGACGCAUUCAGGCCUCAGGAACGCUUCAUGUCCUCACUCACCACCUGAUCUUCGAGCACCGCCUGACCACGCCUACCGACUCGCAAGCACCAGCCAAAGCGCGCGCCAAAGAGAUAUGGAUCACAUACCCCAUGAUCGCAUCCUGUGUCUACAGACCGAUGCCCGUAACGCUCCGUCAACCCCAUGCCAUCCGCCUGCGCUGCAGAGACUUUACCUAUGUCGCUUUCCACUUCUCGGACGAGACGCAAGCUCGCAGCGUCUACGACAGCAUCAAGGCCUUGACCUGUGGUCUGGGCUCCUUCAACAAGUUGUAUGCCUUCAGCUACGACCCCCCACCGAUCGAGAAGAACAUCAACGGCUGGCAAGUCUAUGACGCUCGCAGAGAGUUUAGGCGUAUGGGCAUCUCUCCCAAAGGCGCCGAUAGAGGCUGGCGCUUAUCCGAUAUCAACCGCGACUACGAUUACUCGCCCACCUACCCAUCCCUCAUAGUCGUCCCGUCCUCGGUCUCGGACAAUGUCCUCAAACACGGAAGAGAAUACCGCUCCCGAUACCGCAUUCCCGCCCUUACCUACUUGCAUCCAGUCAACAACUGCUCCAUCACUCGAAGCUCCCAGCCAAAGUGCGGCAUGUUCCAAGACAAGAGAAAUCCACAAGACGAACGCUUGGUUGCUGCCAUCUUCUCCACCUCUAAACCAUUGCCCGAUGCUGGAAUGCCUCUCCUUGACGAUGAUGGUCAGCUGUUCGAUCCCGAUAUGCAAGAAACACCGCGUUCCAUGACCAGGCCCCUGCCGACCGCAGAGGACACUGUACAAAACCAACCAACCGAUCUGAUGUACGGAGGCAAUCAACAGACCGACAAGACCUACGGAGGCAACCAAUCUACCGACAAGAUCUACGGAGCCCAGCAAAAAAACUUCAUUGUCGAUGCGCGCCCACAGGUCAAUGCUGUUGCCAACCAAGCUACGGGAAUGGGCUCGGAGAACAUGGAAUACUACAAGGAUGCGACGAAAGAAUACCUUGGAAUCGCCAAUAUCCACGUCAUGAGAGAUUCCCUCAGUAAAGUCGCCGAAGCAUUUGCUCAUACAGAUUACAUUGAAAACGGUCCAAACCAAGAGCUCCUUGCCAAAAGCAAGUGGCUUGAUUACAUUUCCCUGGUUCUGCGUGGCUCCAGCCUGGUAGCCCGUCAGGUUGGCAUCAAUCACUCUCAUGUCCUCAUCCACUGCUCAGACGGCUGGGAUCGAACCAGUCAGAUCAGCGCCCUGAGCCAGCUGUGCUUAGACCCAUACUAUCGCACUCUCGAGGGAUUCAUUGUCUUGGUGGAAAAGGACUGGGUGUCUUUUGGUCACAUGUUUCGUCAUCGAUCCGGUUUCUUGAGCAGCGAAAAAUGGUUCGAGAUCGAGAACGAGCGUGUUGGAGGCAAUCGCAAGGUCGACAACCCAGCUGCAAGCAGCGGCAAUGGAAAUGCCUUUGGCAAUGCGCUUUCCACGGCAAGAGGCUUCUUCGCCAAGAAAAAUGACAGCAGAGAGUCUUUCGAUGUCAACGAUGCUGGUGAUGGCACGCCACACACAUCGACUGCAUCUCCGAAAGGUUCCAAACAUGCCACCACUAACGUCAAGGAGACAAGUCCCAUCUUCCACCAGUUCUUGGACGCAACUUACCAGAUGCUGAGACAAUACCCGACCAGAUUCGAGUUCAACGAGCGGUUCCUACGCCGCUUGUUCUACCACCUCUACUCGUGUCAAUAUGGCACCUUCCUCUUCGACAGCGAGCUUCAAAGAGUUGAAGAGCAAGCUUACGACAAGACAAGGAGUGUAUGGGAUUACUUCCUUGCCCGUCGAGAUAUGUUCUUGAAUGAUCAAUAUGAUCCUACUAUCGACGACAAGGUCACUGGGAAAGAAAGAAUCAUACUUCCCGACACUACUCAAGUCAAGUGGUGGCACGAACUGUUCGGCCGCACUGACUCUGAAAUGAACGGAACACCAAAUGCACCUACUCCCAGCUUGCCAAAGGAGCAUAGUGACCCCAUCGUCACUGGUAUCGAGAACUCAGAAAUCUCCAUUGGGCCUGCCGCAAAUGGCAGCAGUAUCACGGGUCAGACUGCAAGCGCUUUCACCAACGGUGCAGCUCGUCUGACUGCUGGACUGGGAGGUCUGAGCUUGGGGAAGAACAGCACAAGCGCACCUGUCAGUCGGGUUCAAUCACCAUCGACCUACGAUUCUGUGCCGACGCGCGCCAUUGAUGAGAAGAUGACCACAACGGCAAACAACAACGAGUCAGAAACGACAGCAAACGGUCGACUUUCGUUCUCGACAUUCGCACGAGACAAUGCAUUCAGGGAUACUUAG